AUGGUGGCAACAAUUACAUUCAGGCUUCGUUCCAGCAAUCACGUUGGGAUUAUUGAUGUUCCCCGUCGUCUGAUGUCAUGUCGUGAGAUUAAGGAGGCGAUUGCGACGAAGUUGAGUGGGUCCCCAGAAGAAAUAGACAUUUUCGUCUCAGGAACCUCGGAUUAUUUACACCCGGAGGAGGAGCUUCCGGCGUACACAGUAGUGGAGGUGGUGCGCCAUGUUGCCUCUGGUAGACCACCGCCGAGGCGCGAGCGUGAGGCGCCUGCAAGUAAUAAUCCCCCAUGUCAGCGUGCCUUGUCAAGGAUGGGCACCAAAGAGGGGGAUGCCUCCGCCUCGUUAACGGAGGAAGAACGCCUUGCGCAGCUAAGUGAGGCCGUGGCUGCGGAAACAGGCAUUGAUGAGGUAGGUGGUUGGCGAACACGUCAGGCCCGCAAUCGUCUCAUGGAAAACGCAAUGGGAGGUCGUGAGGAUUCGUUUCGUCCACCACCACCAGGGUAUAUUUGUCACAACUGUGGCAAGCGCGGACAUCUCAUUCAGCAUUGCCCGGCAGCAAGGGGGGCGAAGGGGCUGAAGGUGUUGUCACUUCCAACGGGUAUUCCGGAGACCAUGCUGGUGGAGUGCACGAUGGAUGAUCCAGCAGCAAAAUUUGUCACACGUGAUGGGCGUUUAGUGAAACGUCGGCUCGACAACUCGAGCUUUACCGGUGUUGUGACGACUGCUGCUGAUAUGGCCGAUGUUCCGAAGAAGUCUGACACAAAUUUAAAGAGUGGUACAAACGGCCAUAGCAAGGACCCCGUUGACGGCGCUGAUGUGAAGCCCACAGAAGAGUCUAAGCUUUUGUGUGGCUGGGACAAGGUACUGGCAAAGAAUGCGAUGAAGGCCAUCUGUUGUUCGACCUUGUUUUGUGAGACGUGUUUUAAUCAGAAAGUGGAGGAAUUGAUUAGCCGGGAUGAAACAGAAGGGGAGCCACUUCUGUGUCCCGGCUGCAAUAAACCACUCUCUGUGUGUGAUGUCACUGCAGCAGUGGAGGAGCGAAAAAUUAUUGGUUCUCUUCACUCCCGGAAGCGUGGAAGGGAAUAA